UGAAAUAGCAGUUCUGAGCCCAGCUCUUCCCACUCCUCCUGCCCCAGGGGCAGACCUCCACAAAGCCCCAGGGCUCCUCUAACACGACCGGGAUUCUCCACCACUUCCUGUCCCAAACUGACCCAAGCAUCACCUGGCUUGUGCCCCUGCCCCAGACCCAGCCACAACUCAGCCUGGAGAGUGCCCUCCCCAGCUUCCCCAAACCAGAGGCCCCAGGAUCUAGCCUCCAGUGACUGUGGCAGAUCUCCCCCAGUUUGGUCCUCAGCCACAGGCCAAGCCUAGGACAUGAGACAUGAGGCUGAAAAUUGGGGUCUGCAUGGUGGUGCAGAGGCUCCAGCUUGCCCCACAGCAAUGCUGAGAGUCCUCAUCCUCAUUCUUCUCUGGAGAGACUCCCUAUCCAGCCCCUAUGCUCUUUCUCGGACCUCCGGCCACAUGCUAAGGAUCCAAUCCAAGGUCCGAGGGCUCCGCGGCCUCUGCGUGCACAUUCCCUGCUCCUAUGAAGUCCCUGAACACUUCCCCUGUGGGAGCUCCUAUUCUACGUGCGACUUGUCCUGGUACAAGGCCCCCAUCACCCCUGGCAGCGGCCCCCCCGUGGCCACCACCAACCACCACCUGCCUGUGGCUGAGGAUGCCAGGGGCAGGUUCCAACUGCUGACAAAUGACUACAGAAAAUGCCACUUGCGCAUCAACGAGGCCCACUUCGAGGACACCGGCACCUACUACCUGUACAUGGACUACAAGGACUUCUACUAUAAAUAUCACCACUAUUCCUGGAGCUGGCACACGGGGGUGGAGCUCAUCGUGUUAGAGAUGAUGGAGCCAGAGAUCUGGACCAUCUCAUCUGAGGGAGUCUCAGACCGGGUCCUGGCCGGGCAGGAAGUGACGGUGACCUGCUGGGCCUCAAUGCCCUGCCCUUUCGUGAGCAUGAGGUUCACAUGGCUGGGGUAUCAUGGUCCCACAGAAAGUGUCAGUUCGAGUGAUUUCGAUGGCCACUCUGAAGAGUACUCUAGGAUCAGGCUCACACCCACUGCAGGGCAGCAGGACACCCAGCUCACCUGCUCCAUCACCUCCGAGAUGGGCUGGAAGACGCAGAAGAGCAUCUGGCUCCAGGUGGUCUACCCGCCAGAGCCCCCCAGGAUCAAUGGGACACUCACAAGGGACAGCCAAGAAGAGCCAGUCGUGGGGAGUGCUGAUGGUGAGCCCCUGGCCCUGCUGACCCGAGCAGGGGAUGCCUUGUCCCUGGCCUGCUGGGCUGAGAGCAACCCCCCAGCCACUCUGCACUGGACCAGAGGGAAUGGGACCCUGGGAGCACCUGGGCAUGGAGGGCCAACGCACUUGGAGCUGCCCAACCUAGGUGCAGGGGAUGCUGGAGAGUAUUGGUGCCAGGCGAAGAACAUCUAUGGGGCGGCCAGCCGGAUUGUGCAGGUCACCGUGCACAGUGAGACCACCAGUGGGGCUGCAGGUGGAGGCUCGCGGCUGUCUUCCGAACUCAGCUGCCCUCUGGCCAUCCUUGCGACCUGCUUCUUGCUGGGCUCUUAGCGCUUAGCCCCAGCCCCUGCCCCAUCUCUGCCCCCCUCCCUUUUCCACCCACCCAUGCACACCCAUCCGCCCCACCACGCUUCCCUCACCUGCUUCUCUCUCCCUGCCUCCCUUCCUCCCAUCCACCCAUGCACCCACUCCUCCACCCACCCAUGGGAGCGAGGGGCACAGCUUCUGAAUCAAAACCUCCUAGGCCUUAAAUGCUGGAGGCUGCACUUGAGUGUGGAAAGAUCCCUGGUCAGGCCUAGUUCCUUUCCCGCACCAGCUUGCUGUCCUGGUGUGACACAGGACAUGAGGGUCUCACCCAGGACAUAGCUGUUCUUCCCUUCUUUCAUCCAUCCUUCCAUCUGGCCAUUCAUCUAUCGUCCCCUCACCCCUCCUUCUGAGACAUCCUGUGGCUCCCUGCUGUCCGGAGCUGUCCCCUGCCUUGUGCUCCUACCAGUGGUCCUCAUAGUGGCUUCUCCUGCCCUGCCCAGGAGAUGCUCAUUGGCUGCUCUCCCCGAUGCAGGCACUGGCUCCUCUUUUGCCCCUGGGUGGCAGUGCCCAGGCUGAUGCCCAUCCCUCACUUGUCCUGGACCCUCCAGAGCUCUUCUCUGUCCAGCUGAAGUCCAACCUGCUUCGAGCACCACAAGUGGGUGACAGAUAUCCCCUGUCCUAGGGCAGAUCUGCCUGGUGUCAUGUGCAGGAUGGGACAGCUCCUGCUCAUCCUCCCCUCGGUGCCCCCAGCCUGGCCUGGCCCAUUUCACUGGGGCACUCACAGCCAUUUGUUGCCUCCCCUGCAGCUUGAUGAGGCCCAACCCUGUGGGAGACGAUGCCCUGGACUGUAGCUGCGCCCGGCCCCUGCUAAACAUUAUGUGUGUCAUACAAUUUACUGCUUAACUGUGCAAUAAAUUUAGACUGGCCA